GCUGUCAAGAAAUGUUACCCUGAUUCAGAAGUCCCAAGCCUUCACUGCAUCAAGAAAAUGAUUGCAGACCUCACCAGUAUCAAGUCCAUAAUCAACCACAGAUGUAUUAAUUCCUGUGGAGCCUUCAUUGGCCUGUGGGCUGACCUUGAUGCCCGUCCAACAUGUGGGGAGCCAUGUUAUGACCAGAAACAGCUUCAACGGAGUCAUGGUCAUACAAAGGUUCCCUGUGCUGUUUUCUAG